UGGAACUGUUGGGGCGCCGGAGAAGGGCCGCCGGGUACCUCCACUAUCUGGGAGUCCGAACUUAGUUACUUCGUCUGCGAUAACCGGGAAGGAGCCCCUCUCCCGGCUUGGGUUACCAUCUUCAAAGCUGGUUUCCCAAUUCGUUGGGUGGUGAUGUUGGAGUCUCGGUCACGGUUUUGCAAAAUGCAAGUUCCCAGUUUGUAUGUGGGCAGGCCUAUCUCCACAUCCCCUGAUAAACCAUCACCUAUGGAAGCUGAAAAAUUCCAGAUGAUUUAUCGAUUUCCUGGCAUCAGAUUCUGUGGAUCACUGUCUCGGGUGAAGAUUUUGCAGACAGGGAUUACUUUGGUAAUAUUGCCGCCUAGCUGUUAUUGGUACAUGCAGGACCUCAUUUCCCUGGACUCCCUAUUUUUCACAGGGGGUAUUGCUACAUUUGCCCUAGCCAUGUUGUAUUGGGUUAGUCAUUUCUUUCGUCGGCUUGUUGGGAUCCUUUAUGUGAAUGAGGCUGGCACCAUGUUGCGGGUGGCACACCUGACCUUCUGGGGCCGGCGUCAAGACACAUAUUGCCCAGUGGCCAACAUCAUUCCUGUAUCUGAGACCAGUGAACGUCCCUUUGAUGUGUUCUUGAAGAUCCAACAGUAUGACGUUGAUGAGACCUUCUACUUAACACUGCGGUUUGGACGCAUCCUGGAUAGGAAACGUUUUGGACAAGUGUUUGGGAAUUUUGAUGGAAAGCAUUAAUGGUUUGGCAGAAAAAAACUCCUGGACCUCAGGGGAAUGUGCUUUCCCUGGAGCUUUUGAUCAUAGCCUCGAUUUGGGCUGUACUGUACCUGUGCCAAGCAUAUUUCUCAGGGCUUAAACCAGAAGGGGAGGUUAAGAAGCAAGAAAUUUGAGUAUCUGGUUUCAGUCAAUAAGGACCUACUGUGUGCCAAGCAUUUGUCUUUCAAAGUCAAGAGAUAAGUGAAGUAGAAAAAGACCGAAGUUUCUGGUAAAACAAGUGCUGAACAGACUUUGAAAAGGGAGUGCUCGGUGGAACUGUGAAACUGCUUCUAGUGGUACAGUGGGAAUUAAUUUUCCACGUGUGUACUUUUUCUGAGAAAAGGCAGUUUGAUUUUCUGGAGAGAAGAAUUGUCAGGACAUAGCAGAUCCUUGUCUUGCUGUUGACUGAUUAUAAUGGCCCUUGAUGACAUGUGAAUGACAUUCAGUCUAUCAAAAAGAAAGUAUUACUCUGCUGAUAUGUAGUAGGUGCUUGAGGAAGACAUGACUAGUAUAAAACAUGGCUAUGUAUACUCCUCAGAAAUAGAAUUGAAAUCAUAGGUUAGCAUAACAUCACAAUUGUGACUUUUAAAAAAAUCUUUCAGUGAUUUAAAUAAUCAUACGCUAUUAAUAUUAUCGUGUAAUAAAAACAGUUUU